AUGGAAGAGGAUGUAGCUGAGCUUGCACUGCAUACCACGGAGCCGCAUGCUUUCUUUCAUGCUUCAGGAACGGGAACCCCACAUCUUAAUGGAAAUGAAAUUAUUGUCGAGAUCCAAGAGACUGUCUUUGUUUCAGAUGGAGAAGGAGGCAUGACUGUUCAAGGUUUUGCAGAAGAUGCUGACUCUGUGGUGAUUCAGGAUGUAAUUGAAGAUGUGGUUAUAGAAGAUGUGCAGUGCUCAGACAUUUUGGAGGGAGCUCGGGUGUCAGAAACUGUAAUAAUACCAGAGCAAGUCUUAGAGGAUGAAAUUGGCCCUGAAACUGAGGAACAGGAACUGGAAGAGGAUGUCCUUUCUAACUGUGAUGUACCAGACAAUGUUCUGGACUCUGAUUUAGUUGAAAGUGACCUGACUGUCCCGGACGCUGAUAGUGUUGUUCGGUCUGAGCACGUGGUUGGUGAGGCAAUGACAGAUGAUGAUCUCGGAGAUGACAUGAUUUCAGAAGAGGUCUUAGUAGCUGACUGUGCAUCAGAAGCUGUGAUUGAUGCCAAUGGGAUUCCAGUGCAAGGACCAGAUGGGGAAGAAGUAAAUUGUGAUGACUACCUCAUGAUUUCAUUGGAUGAUGCAGAAAAAAUUGAUGAAGAGUGUGCUGAAGAAAUUGCUCUGGCAGGCGAUGUAGAGGGUGACUCCAGCAAGUUAGAUGGAACAUGCCCAGAAGUUAUCAAGGUUUACAUAUUUAAGGCUGAUCCUGGUGAAGAAGACUUGGGCGGCACUGUGGAUAUUGUUGAAAGCGAGUCAGAGAAUGACCAUGGAGAGGGACUUUUGGACCCACACACUGGAGGUCGGCUUCCUCGGGAGAAAAUGGUUUAUAUGGCCGUUAAUGACUCCCAAAAUGAAGACAACGAUUUGGAUGUGGCAGAGAUUGCUGAUGAGGUGUAUAUGGAAGUUAUUGUUGGAGAGGAGGAUGCCUCAAUAACACAUGAUCAUCAACUUGACGAUGCUGAACUAAGCAAGACCUUUAUGCCAGUAGCCUGGGCAGCAGCGUAUGCGAACAGCGUGGAGGGAGUAGAACACCGUAAUGGCACUGCUAGUGCCCUUUUACACAUAGAUGAGUCUGAUGGACUGGACAGACUAAAGCAAAAACCAAAGAAGAAGAGAAGAGGAGAAAACAGACAAUACCAAACAGCCAUAAUUAUUGGUCCCGAUGGACAUCCACUCACUGUUUACCCGUGUAUGAUCUGUGGGAAGAAAUUUAAGUCGCGAGGUUUCCUAAAGAGACACAUGAAGAACCACCCUGAGCACCUAGCCCGCAAGAAAUACCGCUGUACUGACUGUGAUUACACCACAAAUAAGAAGGUCAGCCUACACAACCAUCUGGAGAGUCAUAAGCUGACCGCUGCUGUCAUUAAAACUGAGAAGGAGUUGGACUGCGAUGAAUGUGGCAAAGUAUUUCUGCACGCCAAUGCUUUGUUUGCUCACAAAUUGACACAUAAGGAAAAGUCGGGGAACAAAAUGCACAAGUGUAAAUUUUGUGAUUAUGAGACUGCUGAGCAGGGCUUACUGAACAGGCACCUCUUGGCUGUGCACAGCAAGAGCUUUCCACAUAUCUGUGUGGAGUGUGGAAAGGGUUUCCGUCAUCCGUCUGAGCUCAAGAAGCACAUGCGUACUCAUACUGGAGAGAAACCUUAUCUCUGUCAGUAUUGUGACUACAAGUCAGCAGACUCCUCCAACUUGAAAACCCAUGUUAAGACAAAGCACAGCAAAGAGAUGCCAUUCAAGUGUGACAUUUGUCUGCAGACAUUUGCAGACUCUAAGGAUCUGCAGGCACAUGCCAUCUUGCACCAAGAGAGCAAAAGUCAUCAGUGCCUGCACUGUGACCACAAGAGCUCCAACUCUAGUGACCUAAAGAGGCACAUUAUCUCUGUGCACACCAAGGAUUAUCCUCACAAGUGUGAAGUUUGUGAGAAGGGCUUUCAUCGGCCUUCUGAGCUCAAAAAGCACGAAGCUGCACAUCGGGGCAAAAAGAUGCACCAGUGCAGGCACUGCGAGUUUCAGAUUGCGGACCCGUUUGUUUUGAGUCGACACAUUCUUUCUGUGCACACUAAGGAGUUACCAUUUAGGUGCAAACGCUGCCGUAAGGGCUUUAGGCAGCAGGCUGAACUGAAAAAGCACAUGAAAACUCACAGUGGUAAGAAAGUUUACCAGUGUGAGUACUGUGAGUACAAUACUACGGACGCUUCUGGUUUUAAACGUCAUGUCAUCUCCAUCCACACCAAAGACUACCCCCAUCGCUGCGACUACUGCAAAAAAGGCUUCCGCCGGCCAUCUGAAAAGAACCAGCACACAAUGAAACAUCAUAAAGAGGCUGCUUUAGUGUGA